GGAGCCAUGGCUACCGCUGAUGCUGCUGGAGCUGCUGCUAGCUUACUGACCUCGACUGUCUGUGAGGUCCACAACAAACCUCUGGAGUUCUUUUGCCAAAAUGAGUUGGCUUUGAUCUGCACCCAGUGUGCCAAAAGCAAGAAGCAUCACACUCACACUGUUCUCUCCAUACAAGAAGCAGCCCAAAAAAACAAGGCUGAAAUCCAGAGUCACGUGAAAAAGGGAAGAGAAGUUGCCAGGAUGUAUGAGAAGCAUGUUGAAAUGAGCACUCAGAAUCUGUGGAAAAAGCCAGGAGAAGAACGUCGCAAAUUGGUGCGGGAAUUCGAGCAGUUCCACCAGGCUGUGAAGGAUCAAAUGCAGUUCCUACUUUCCCAUUUGGAAGAACUGAAAAUCAACAUCUUGGACUACCAGAAAAAAAAUCACGCCAGGCACACCGCCAAUACCAUCGAACUGAACACCUUGAUUGGAGACAUAGAGAGAAAGUGUGAUCAGCCAGAGGCUGAAUUCUUGAAGCAAAUGACCCAAGUCAACAGCUUGGUCAGUAACCUAGAGAAGUUGCGUAAGCAGCUCCCUGAAGAAUGUCUGAAGGAAUUUAAAAUUAUUUCAAACUGCUUGGGUGAAGAAAAGUACAUGGAAAACAAUCUUGGUGACCUGGAACAGAGAUUGGAAAAAAUCACUGAACAAAAUAAGGUUCUGAAGGAGACACUGAAAGCAUUGAAAGCUAAAAUACAAAUCGAAGUAAUAAAAAUAAUGGACAACUGCCUGAAAUCUUAUGAGAAAGCAAAUGUGUUUUUCGAUCGGGACACCCUGAGCCACAUGCUGGUUCUUUCAAGUGACCAGAUAACUGUCAAGUGGAAUGGAGAAUUGAAGGAAAAAACCCCUUACCACUGGAUGAGGUUCGAAAAAGAUGCCUGCGUGCUUGGAAGCGAAGGGUUCGCCUCAGGGAGAAUCUAUUGGGAAAUAAACGUGGAAGAAGGGAAGAUCUGGGCUGUGGGAGUCGCCAAAGAGUCGGUGGAGAGAAAGCACUUAAUAAAAUUUGCUCCCGAAAAUGGCAUUUGGGGACUGGGUUUAGAUGAGCAGAAAAAAUACAUGGCAUAUACCAAUUCUGGAGUUGCUCCUUUGGAUCUGUCCGAGCCUCUCCGAAAGAUCCGGGUACAGCUAGAUUACACCGCAGGGCAGGUGUCGUUUUUCAAUGCUGGGACCAAUGGUUGGAUCUUUACCUUCCCUCCAGCAAACUUUUCUGGAGAAAAUAUCUACCCUUGGUUCUGGGUUAAGGGAGGGCUGCUCAAGCUGCCAGCCAUAGACUUUGAAGAGCUGGCAGCUGACCUGGUGUGGGGAAGGUAUAGUGAGGUGCCUCUUUACGGAGACCCCUGGGAAUUUUUUAAUGAACCUUGGUGAAGUCCUAAGCAGAUGGGCCAUCUCCUACCAUGCAUUCUCCUUGGUUCCUCUUAAUCAGAUGUUUUAUUCCCUUGUUAGAAGCAUGGAGGCCCAGCUUCAAUGUAGGAGCUUUAGAUUUGGGUGGCCGUGACCAGAGGUGGUAUUCAGUAGGUUCUGACCAGUUCUGGAGAACCGGUAG